AUGGAGACUCAAGACCAAACCGCUCCCCCGAAUCAGCAAAUAAUCUCGGGUGAAGCUCAUGUUCCCGAUCCGAACCAGCCAGUCAGGGAUGGUGGGAUAUCCGGACGAGAUCCACUACCGUUACCAACCUCCGGCAUAUCUUUACCACCUGAGAACUCGAUUCCAGGAAAUGGCGUCCCUGUGUUUCCUAAUACAAAUGAUAGCUUCGCCACCCUCCAACAAACAGUCUUCAACAAUGGCAACUUCACUAAUCCGGGCAUGAUAAUACAUCCUCCAGCUCAAUCACAUAUUGUACCUAAUUUCAACAACCCCAUCAUACCUCAGCCGACCAACGGGAAUGUCUUAAGUGCAGAUGACAUUGCCCUAUAUGACCGCCAACUGCGGUUAUGGGGCAUGGAGGCGCAACAAAAGAUACAGAACACCAACGUUGUUCUUAUCACUAUGAAGGCUCUCGCGAAUGAGAUUGCCAAGAACCUAGUGUUAGCUGGUAUUGGUUCCUUAACCGUUGUUGAUGACCAAAUAGUCACGGAAGCCGAUCUGGGGGCACAAUUCUUUCUCACCGAGGAGAAUGUUGGCCAAGGCCGUGCUGAAGCAGCUGUUGGUAGGAUUCAAAAGCUGAAUCCUAGAGUCAAGGUCAUUGCCGAUUCCGGAAGCAUAAUGACCAAAGGCGCGUCGUUUUUCGGCAACUUUGAUAUCGUCAUCGCCACUGAUCUUAGCCCCACUGUCUUCGCCUUCAUUAACACCGCUACUCGCCUUCACAACCGCCAAUUCUAUGCUGCUGGUACCUACGGCUUUUAUGGUUACAUAUUCUGUGACCUGAUCGAGCACGAUUACGUUCUGCAGCGAGACAAGCCCAACGUGCCAACAACCGUGGGCCCAGAGACCCGGACUCGUAGCAUUAUUAAGGUGGAAAGCGAGAAGGAAGGCGGUAAGACCAUUGAGAAAGUACAAAAGCGCGAACUAUACUCUACCUGGGACCUCGCUUCUGAAACAAGUCUCCUACCUCCUGAGUACCUCAAGUCUAAGCGCCGUCUCAAAGCCGUCUCCCCUGCUCUCUCCUGCCUGCGCGCUCUCUGGGCCUUCCAACAAACGCACAACGACCGGUUCCCCGAGCACAACAAGCAGGACCUAGAGGCGUUCACCCGUUCUGCCACGCACAACCACCAAUUGCUGUCUCUCCCCGCCGAGACCCUACGCUCCGAGUUCUUACGCAGCUUCCUACAGAACGUGGGAAGCGAAAUUGCGCCGGUUACCGCGAUCCUCGGUGGUCAGCUCGCGCAAGACGUCAUCAACGUUCGCGGCCAACGCCAGCAGCCCAUCCAGAAUAUGGUCGUGUUCGACGGUGAUAAGAUGGAGGCCGAGAUGUAUCCGCUGCACCCGGAAGGAAAGCUUGGUAGGGCGCAGCUAGAGCUAUCGACGGCGCCGGGCAUGAUACCGCUUGGUGGGGUUGAUGCCUCGCAGAUGCUGCCUAUGGACCAUGCUGCUAUGAUGAUGGCGCCUGUUUCCGGUGUGUGA